AUGAAUUCGCUGUGCUCCAUAGAUAGAUCCCUCCGCGGCUUCCUGCCCACGCAUGGCGCCCCGAUUGUCCUGCUGGAGAAUGUUAAAGUGGUGGUCAGAAUGCGAGAUCCUCGGCGUGUGAAGCUGAUCUCUGGUGGAGGAUCUGGACAUGAACCCGCACACGCUGGCUAUGUCGGCCCCAAUCAUCUCACCUCUGCCGUGUGUGGCGAGAUCUUCGCCUCUCCGUCGGUUCAACAGAUCCUGGCGGGAAUCCUGGCGUCUGGGAAGCAAGAUGACGCAUUUCUGUUGAUUGUGAACAACUACACAGGAGAUUGGCUGAACUUCUCUUUAGCCAGGGAGAUUGCGAGGAACUCUCUGGGAUUCACGCAGGUUGAGAUUCUCUUGGUGAAGGACGACGUCGCCAUUGAGAAUGUCCAGGAGAGCGUGGGUCCCCGUGGACUGGCCGGAUGCGUCCUGGUAAUAAAAAUUAGCGGUGCUUUGGCAGAAGAUGGGAAAUCUCUUCAAGAGAUCCAAUCCUUCUGUUCAGAUCUGCAGCUUAUGACUGUUGGCUUCACUUUCGCUAGUGACUUGAAAAGUGGCGAGAUCUCUCGAGUGGAGAUCGGGAAAGGCAUCCAUGGUGAACCAGGAGCUUCCAGAGACACUAAUCUCACCACAUUCGAUGACAUUGCACAGCAUUUGGUGGAGAAAUUCCAGAAAUUCGCCUCCAAAGAUGGAAAAUUUGUAGUGAUGAUUAACAACUUGGGCGGGACUUCUCAACAUCUGAUGAACGUUUUCGCAUUCUCGCUCCUGCCAAGGCUCAAACAGCAUUUCCGCAUCGCUCAUAUAAUGUCAGGAACUUUCAUGACUUCUCUGGAUCAGGAAGGCAUCUCAGUAACUCUUCUCAACAUCGCUGGCAAGGAAGAAAUACUUGAAUAUCUUACCAGGAGCAUUUCUGUGGGUAUUCCUCAGCCACAGCCCGAGAUUUCAUCCUGGAACAUGGAAAUCUUCGAUAAACUUCUCACGGAGAGAGAUUCCUUGCCACAGAAGCUGAGUAAGGAUCCUCAAUUCCUCUUCAAGUUGUUCAGGAGCGCCUGUGAGGAACUGCUAAAGGGGUGUACUCUCCUCAAUGAGAUGGAUUCUGAACUGGGCGAUGGCGAUACAGGAAGCACAAUCUCCCGCGGAGUAAAGCAUCUUCUAACUCGUUUUGCUGCUCCUGAAGAUUUCCAGCGUCCUGGAGACUUCCUCAAGGCUCUUAGUUGGGAAAUGUCUCGGCAAAUGGGCGGAUCCAGCGGCGCCCUUUAUGGCAUCUUCUUCCAAGCUGCUUCCACCGCCUUUGGAGCCAGCACUGAGUUUGCUUCUCUCCAGGAUUGGAUAGAUGCUCUGAAACUAGGAAAUUUUGCCCUUCAGAAAGCCGCCCGUUCCAAGCGAGGUGAUCGCACGAUGUUAGAUCCUCUCCUGGCCAUGGAGGACUUCCUUGUGCGUUCAUCAACAGCAUCUGGACCUGGUUUCGCAGAAAAUCUCUAUGAGAUUGUUGAAAGCAGUGCAGCUGAAACCAGAGCGAUGAUUCCAAAAGCCGGUCGAGCAGCUUAUACAACCUCCACUGUGCAGGACCUGAAAUAUCCUGAUCCAGGAGCGCAUGCUGUGGCCACUUGGGUUAAAGGACUUCUCAAAUGUUAUCAAGAAUGUUGAUUUCCAUUGAUUAAGAUCACAUGUCUCUGUCCGUUAUAAUUUGAAAGCGCCAUUAUAGCACGCAUUUA